GAUCCAUUUGCGGCCCAGUCGCAUCUUACUAACUCGUGAUGUUUAUAAAGCGAGUUGGGAAGCGUGUGUUAUAUUAUUUGUGGACUUGGGAAAAUAAAAUUAUUGCGGGAAAAUAUGCCGAAAUUAAAUUUUAAUUGUUUGCUGAAAGAAAUUAUGUGGAUUUACGCAUUGAGCUUUUAUGCUUAGCAAAAUUUUGCUGGAGAGCGCUGAAACAAAUUCCAGAAUGUAGUCAUAUUUUGAAAUUGCUGUUAUACUGACAGAGCAUAGAACUGUUUAAACCUAAAUAUGCUCAUGUUACAUAAACUCUGAUGUCAUAGAAUAAAAUAUGACAUUCUAAAAUAGCUGAAUAUUGAAACAAAAUUUGGAGGAUGGCACUUGUGAAGGUUGGCAUGGUAAUGGUAAGUGAUGGUAAAAGUCGUCCCCAACCGAUGAGACUCCAGCUGAGCAGCAACAUGUUGGUUUUACAGAAAGAAGAAAUGGUUCCUGUAGGUUUGCCGACAACACCUGUUGUUCCACCUAUAUCACGUGAUAGUAUCAAUGCACAGGAAAGAAUUGUAAAAGUAGUAAGGCAGGAAAUUGGAGGUUUAGGUUUAAGUAUAAAGGGAGGAGCAGAAAAUAAACUUCCAAUCUUAAUAUCUAGAAUAUUUAAAGAUCAAGCUGCUGAUCAGACAGGAGACCUUUUUGUUGGGGAUGCCAUACUAAUGGUGAAUGAUAUAAGCCUUGAACGUAUCAAUCAUGAUGAUGCAGUGAAUGUAUUACGAACAGCGGGAGAUGAAGUGACUUUAAGAGUAAAGCAUUACAGAGCAGCUCUUCCAUUUCUAGCAAAAACCUUGCAGAGGCCAAAAGAGAGACCUGUGUCUGGAGAAGAUCCUACCUAUAAACUGAAAGAUGAAGAUGAUGAUUGGAAAGCAGGGCAAAAAAGCCCAAAAACUCCUCAAGGGGCUUCUAGAAUGGAAAGGAGAUGGGUUGAUGUUAUGACAAUUCACUUAUUAAUGGCUUAUUUAACACGGUAUAUGUUAGAUACUGAUAAAUUAAGGCCAAAUGCAUUUGAAAUUCGAAGCCAGGAAGGUAAGCCUUCAGCUGUAGUUCAUUGUGAUGAUGCAAGUAUGCUAUCAGAGUGGAUCAAGCAUAUUUCUAGUAACAUUUUGCAACUAACAGCACAACAAAUAAAAACUUUCAACGAAACUUUACCUCAAUCAGAUCAGAUUUUAUACAUGGGAUGGAUCAGUGAAGGCUCUCCAGCUCCACAGCCAUGGUAUAAAUGGCAGUCUCGUUUCCUAGCUCUGAAAGGAGCAGAAUUGUUUAUAUUUGAAUCACCUCCUAGCAAUGUACAGUCAUUUUCAAGUUGUCCAAAUGUGUUCAAAGUUUAUCAAGCAAUGUUAAAAAUUUUAAAGGAUUCAGAGUACAUAGAUGAGCGUCAGCAUUGUUUUAUGCUUCAUACAGGAGUUUCUGACACUCAUUACAUGUGUGCUGAAACCAAAGCUGAGCUACUGAGGAUAGAAAAUGGAUGGCAUCGGGCUACUUAUAAUGCUGUCACUAGAUUAGGGAGUAAAACUUUUUCUGUUGUAUAUAAAGGAAGGACUGGAGGUUUGACAUUAGAUUGGAAUAUGGGUUUUGCUUUGUAUGAUACCGAAUCAAAGUGCUAUGCAUGGCGAUAUAAAUUUUCUCAGCUAAAAGGUUCUUCAGAUGAUGGUAAAAGUAAGCUUAUGUUGAAUUUUCAAGAUCCUGAGAAAAAAGAUAUCGAGAUAGAGGAAGUUGAGUGCCAGGUGCUGUCUUCUCUUCUGUAUUGCAUGCAUGCAUUUUUGACUGCAAAAGUGGCUUCAGUGGAUCCUGCAUUUUUGCGUACUACUUGACUGCCAUUCUCCGAGUGUCAUAUUUUGGUACCCUAAGCAAAAGCCUUGAAUUGGUAGUCAAGGCCAAGUGUCACUUUGUAGUAGCAUAUCUUUUAGGGAUGCAAUGUUGCACUGGUGAUUUAUUUGCAAUUUUAUAAAAUAUUUGGAUGACCAACUGGAAUGUUAGCCCUAGGAUUAUGUAUCUUGUACUGUCGAGAGGAAAUAUGCGGGUACGAAACGGAAAAUUGACUUUUAAAUACUUCAAUAUGCUAAAUGUAGGAAAUUUGAUUAUACAUCAUUAUAACUACAUGAAUAUCUGAGUAUGCUACUCUAUUUAGUAUAUAAUUAAGGUUAUAUAUGAUACCAAUAACUUCAUCUUUUUUUUUUUUUUUUUUUUUUUUUAAGUAAGUGAUAAAAAUGUAUUUUUCCAAAUAUAUUUCAAACUGUUAUGUUUUCAGCUAUUUAUUUACUUGAGAAUAUGUUUUGAACUAUUUAUUUACCUUUUCAUGUUAUUGGAAAUUUGUGUAUCAUUACUGUAGGAUUAAAUUUUAUUUUUGUUUUAUCUUGUUAGUAUUAUAUUUAUUUUGUCAUUUAAAUGAUUAAUUUUUCUAAAAACAAUUCAUUAUAUUUUUUCCCAUUAACUUUGCUGUAAUAUUAACUAAUUUAUGGUUGUUUAAUGUGCUUCCUCCUCCUUCCCAAUGUGGUACUUAUUGCUAUUUCUAAUGAAUGGCAAUGAAGUGUUAGUAUCUGCAGUCAUAGGUGGGAAAAUGAAUUGACAUAAUUUUAGCAAAUUGAUGUAUUUAAAGGUAUUUUCUCUGUUGGGAAACUUUUAUUGUGUAUGAAAAAGUGACUUGUAUGUAAAUAAUUUAUUAUUUGUUCUUUAUUGGCAAAAUUGUUACAAAAUAUAUUUGCCAAAUUUUAUUACAAAUUAUACUGUUAACUUAUCGUAUUUCAAUGAUUUUUCAUAAAAAUAUCAAAAAUCCCUCAUAUCCACUAUAUAACCAUGUAAACUGAUCUUUUAUUUUAAAGAAGCUGACAAAAAUAAUUAUCACUAAUUUUAUUAUUGAAAAAAAAUUAUAUUGUAUAAUGGUAUUCAUGGUUGAUGUCUAAUAUAUAUUCUAUAAGAUGAAAAGAAUUCAAGUUGGUAAACUGUAUCUUAAUUAUGUCAAUUUGGUCAAAUUCACAACAGAUUUUUUGGGGAAGAAGAAAACUGUUUUGGUGUAGUGGUAAAACUGAAAAUUAAUAUUUUACAUUUUUAUAUAUUUUGUGAGAUAGGUAUGAAUUUUAUUCCAUGACCAUAUGUCAAAUGGCACAUUAUGUAACGAGAAAAACUAAGUGGAUUUGUGGAAAAUUAACUCUUUCUUCCUUCAAAAUCCAAAGUAUAAUGAUAGAUAUAAAUUAUUAUUAUUUCAUCACUUGUAUGUGAAUAAUACACACACACACACCAACUCCCUUUGUGAUUCAAAUACAGAUAUGUUUUUCCUGUAAUAUAUUUGUGAUAAUAAUUAAUUGUGCUUGUUUUUGCUUAUAGAUUAAAAAUGUAGGAUUACAUCAAA